AUGGAUGAGCUACUCGACUUCUGGAACCCGGGGGUCUACUACAGCCAGACUGCUCUACGACCUCAGGGGUGUCUUGUACGCGCGGCUCUCGUCCCCCUCGUCGCGGAUCUCUUGGCUGCCCGGCAGUUAUCGGGGCUUGGGCCUCACAAUCACGCUCGCGUCCUCUGUAGUGUUUGCACAACACCCGCCGAUGGCGUAGAGAAUACCGACCCUGCGACCUUCGAACCUCGCGACUUGGAGAAGCAUCGUGCAGAUGCGAAGGCGUGGCUCGACGCUCGAACAACGUUUGAACGGGAGAAGCUUUUUCAAAGUACUGGGGUACGAUACUCUGAGCUUCUGCGCCUUCCGUAUUGGAAUCCCUUCCUCUACACCGUCGUCGACACUAUGCACAACCUCUAUCUGGGUAUCUUGCAGCGACACAUUCGCGUCAUCUGGGGAAUCAGCGUCGACGUGGAGGACGGCGAUGCUUCUGGGAACAUGAUCGGCGUAGCUCCGGAACGCCCGUCGGAGGCGAAGAUGGCCGCAGGCGUCGAUCUUCUCCUGACUGCGACCACGCUCAAAUUACGGACCGCGGGGAAAGCUGUUUUGUAUCACCUUUGCCUUGAUCGUGGUAUACGGAGGGCCGGUACUGUGUCUCAGCUAGUGAAAAACCUGACUGCCUGGGUACAUCUUCAGUCUGAGCUGACACCGGACUACGGGGAGGAUGAUUCGGCGGAUAUACGGUCUGCCGAGAAGACUUUGCAAGGACUGAAAGCGUCUACGGCCCUCGCCCGUAGGCGACAAGAUCUCUUGCAGACGAUGUGCAAGGUGCGAGGAAUCGAAUUCGAAGACUCUACCAAGAAAGAAGUCCUCGCAGAGCGUCUUCACCAUUGGCGACAAGCGGAACGGGAAGCGGUGAGUGCGACUAGAGCUACCCCGCCUGUCAGUGCUGAUUCCCGGGGACUCGGACAGGCGUCACCACCUCCGUCGUCCGCAGACCAGGAUGAUCCCACAGUGCGUCGGCAUCGACACGACCAAGAAGCGAUCGGACGAGAUACGCUGAGCGCGUACAUGGAGGACCGCUGCCGCAUGCAACUACCGAGUUGGAUGAACGCUCCGCCAGUCGCGUUCGGUACAAAACAGCAUGGAAAGCUCAGCGCGGAUCAAUGGCGCGCGCUGUGUAUCGUGAAUCUCCCGGUCACACUGAUCCGAACCUGGAGCUUCCAGGAAGAGAGGCGUGUCAAGAUGCUGGAGAACUUUCUCGAUGUAGUUGAGGCGGUGGAGACGUUCGGGCUGCUGGAAAUCGGCGAGAAUCAGAUCGCCACCGCGGAAGUACUGAUGCGUCGGUAUCUCGAAGGCGUCAAGGAUCUCUACAAGGGAAUGAAGAUCCAGCCGAAUCAUCAUCUUGCUCUCCAUAUCGGUAUCUUUCUGCGUCUGUUCGGGCCCGUUCACUCUUGGCGAGCGUUCGUAUUCGAACGCUUCAAUUUCUAUCUGCAGUCGAUCAACACCAAUAUGACUUUCGGUGAACUCGAGAUGACUUUCAUGAUGCACAGCUGCCGUGCAGCGAACUUCCAGCCCUUCCUGCGCAGCCCUAUCGUCCAGAAGUACAUGCAGGACUUCUCACAGCAGCUCCAGGCCGCGGACAAGAAGGAUCGUCGGGGAAUGCGCCUCGAUGCGGUGUUGCGCUCUGCGGGGGAGCAUGAAGCAGCCUCGAUGCCACUUCAAGGAGAACCCUUCAAGGCAUCGCGACCCGUGCCAUUGGGCGACCCCGAGUACAAGGCUCUAUUGCAGAGGCUUUCGUAUGAUGACGGGAACAUGUACGUGGAUGAAGAGGAGUUCUACGCGGGCCGCCCAGCAGGAAGAUUGCCCCUUUCUCGCCAUGCUACAUCUUGCUCAUCGUUGUUGGUCUCCGGCGUUUCGUACAAACCAUGGAGCAGGUCCUCAGGAGACAGCAACGCUAUGUUUCGACACCCCGCCCUUGGCAGAAACUCGCACCCGGGCCGUAUCGAGCAGAUUUUUCUUCACACUCGGGGCGCCGCGAGCGGAGAGGACAACGUCGAGACGUUCCUCGUUGUCAAGCGUCUUCAACCGCUCAAUCGCCUCGACGCUGGCCUCGAUCCCUAUCGGAGGUACCCCGCCGUGGGAGGCCGCCUAUACUACUCGGAGUACGACGACGCACUAUUCGUCAUUCGCGGAGAGGACCUUGUUUCGCACUUCGCCUCGACUUCCAUGGAGCACCUUGUAGUCAGAGCACCUGGUGCCAAGGACCCGACGAAGACGCAUCCUUGUUUAUUGAGCAAGCGUUGCAUCCAUGUGCGGCCCUUAGAUCGGGUGAGUGUUGACUGUAUUUCUUCACAAUCAAAUCGGCGCUGA